UAUUUAGUGCGUUUUUGUGAUACCAUAUCUAUUUUUUUUUAAAGUUUGGCGUUUAGAGAUUAAAAUAAGGAAAUGAAAUUUUUUAUUAUAUACUUUUGCUGUUUUUAAUAUGCAUUAGUUAUUUCUCGUAAUGAUCUGGGACAUUAAAUCUACAAUGCAAGAAGUGCAUGAUAAAUAUAUAAUAACUGUUACAUAAUCAAUAACUAGUUUCGUAUCGAAAGGUGUCAUUAAUUUAUAUUAAAACGUGAAACAGAUUUUUUUAAAAUUAAAUUAAUAAAGUUUGGUUUUGAUAGAAUCCAUGAUAGUAAAAAAUAUCUUUGUUCGUAAAUCGACUAACGAUUCUCGUGCAAUUACUAUCGCAACAAGUAAUAUCGUGAUUAUAUCGAGAAACGUUUCCCCUUCCCACCGACUUUUUUCCUCCAAUAUAGCCUUCGCAAACGUACCACGCACAUAACGUUCUACGCAGUGUCCGACGAAGUAUCUCGAUUUGUGCGUUACUCUGUCGCAUCACGAUGGAUUUAUCAUUUCUUCCGUCACCUUUUGUACUAUUAUUGAGUACUCUGAUCAUCAUCAGCGUUAUGAAAAUUAUCACUUUUCUGCAUUAUACAUAUUUUUACUGGAAAAAUAAGGACUUACCUUAUCUGCCAAAUUCGCUAUCAUCUUUUAUAACAAGUUGGAAAAUACAUUCGGGUUCCAUUAGUUUUGUCGAUUUUUGUCAAUAUUUGUACAACUACUUCCCUGACGCUAAAUACUUUGGAGGAGUGGAUUUCUUCCAGCAUGUCUUGAUUGUGCGCGAUCCUGAGCUGAUUAAAAACAUCGUGGUAAAAGAUUUUGAACAUUUUCCGGAUCAUCGAAACUUCUUUGACGAAAGUGUAGAACCGUUGUUUAGCAAAAACGUCUUCUUAUUGCGUGGAGAUCGUUGGAAAGAAAUGAGGAAUACAUUAAGCCCCUCCUUCACAGCCAGCAAAAUGAAGUUUAUGUUCGGUUUACUAUCAAAAUGUUCUCACGAUUUUGUCGACUAUUUGAUCGACCAUCCGGAGCUUUGUCAUUCGAUCGAAACGAAGAAGGCCUUUAGACGAUACACUGCCGACGUAAUUGCUACAGCAGCCUUUGGCAUAAGUGUGAAUUCUAUGAAAGAUCGAGACAAUGAAUUUUAUGUAAAUGGAGUGGAGGCUACCAAAUUUUCUACAGGACUACUAAGGAUGACCAAGUUUAUGAUUUUAAUCAUGUUUCCACGAUUUGCCCAAUCAAUUGGGUUGACUUUUUUUCCAUCGACUACGACCGAGUUUUUCAAAAAGGUCGUACAGGAAACAAUUAGAGCGCGAGAAGAACAAAAUAUUGUCAGACCGGACAUGAUCCAUUUGCUAAUGCAAUCCCGGGAUAAAAAAAGUGAUAAUGUACACAAAAUGUCAUUA